CGCUCCCGAGACGGGAUCGAUAGGGGACGCCAUGUUGGCGAGAGGGUGCUCACGGCGUCGUCAAUCGAUGUUGGCGCAGCAGGGUUACCACCGUCAACGACGCUGCAGCAGAUCCGCUCAACCCCGCCGCCACGGCCUGGUGGGCUGCCGCAGCACCGCAGGGGGGCAUGGGCAGCAGCGGCCGCGCUGCGCGGCGGGCUGGCCCUAGCCAUCGUCGCCGCCGGCUGCGUGUCUGAGCGCCCAUGGAGGGCAAGGAGCCGCCGCCGCCAGACGACAGCUGCAAGGAGCCCGUGCUGGCCAAGAUGGAGGCGCUCGUGCGAGAGAUGCAGCACCCGGACACCGGCGUGCCCGUGCGAAGCCAGAAGCUCUUCCUCACCUCCAUACCCAGCGCGUUCCUCGGCUAUGACGUUGUCGAAUGGCUCACGGAUAACCUGGACAUUGAGGAUCAGAAUCCUGUGGCAGCUGAGGCCCUUCACCUGGCCAACUUGCUGUGCCAGUACGGCUACUUCUUUCCGGUCAGCGACAACGCCAAGACUUUCGCCAUUAGAGAUGACAGCACUCUGUACAGGUUCCAGACUCCUUACUUCUGGCCUUCCCGAUACCAGCCCGACAACACGGAUUACGCGAUCUACCUGUGUAAGCGGGCGCUCAAAAACAAGCCCAAGUACGCCCUCGAGGAGUAUGAACAGGAGGCCCUGCAGAGGCUCAAGAAGCUGCUCUACCACAAAUGGGAGUUCAUUUGCAUGCAAGCCCAAGAACAGGCGGCCUUGGCUAAAGAGCGGAAGAAAACGGACAAGCUGAUCCUACAAAGUCAAGAACGGGCCUACUGGCGAAUUCACCGGCCACCGCCCGGAUGUACGAGUUGCCUAGAGAAGAGUCCAGUGCCUAACAAGAGGGGCCCGCCGAAGAAGAAGACAAAAGACGACCUAAAACGAGAGAUCGAAAUUCUCAAGAGGAACCUUGCUCGGUCGCGGACUAAAGUGUCACAGAUCCUCGCGAGGUGUGAGCAGUACCAGUGCUUCGAUAGCUUCAUCGUCCCGCCGUACCCCGGGAACCCUUGGAUCACGGAUGACCCCACGCUAUGGGCCCUCGAGAGCAGCACGGCAGAGGUGCCCACGGAACGGCGCCUGCAGCGGUGGAACUUGUCUCUGGAGGAGCUCCUGGCGGACCCAAUGGGGGCGCACGAGUUCGAACAGUAUUUGCGCACCGAGUACAGCCACGAGAACAUACUCUUCUGGAAGGCCGUCCAGGACCUGCGACAUGGAUCGCAGCAGGACAUGCCACGCAAGGUGGCCGCCAUCUACGAAGAGUUCCUGUGUCGGGGCGCCCCGUGCGAAGUGAACCUGGACAGCGAGACACUGGAGCGCACGCAGCAGGAGGUGCACGAGCGGCCCACCCGGUUCAGCCUGGACGCCGCGCAACACCACGUGUUCGCCCUGAUGAAGAAAGACACGUACACGCGUUUCACGCGCUCAGAGCACUUCCGCCGACUGAUGGCCAAGGCGCAAGCGCUGCAGCAGGCACAGGGACAGAGAAAGAGAUUCUUCCACUUCGGCUCGAGCACCAAGAAGAAGACGUCCGUGUGCGGCCCGCUGGUCGGCACGCUACCGCCCAACUUCGGCGGCGGCGCUGGCGUCACCGGCAACUCCCUGGUCAACGUCGGCGCUUCCACGAGCGCCGCGGGGGUCGCUGGCGUUUCGAGCGGCACGGCGGGCUCCAUGUUGGUCUCCGGCAUCACGGCCUCGGCGACCUCGCCGACGGCGACGAGACCUUCGGGACGGCCCCUGUCCGGUAGCACGGUGGACCUGCGCAACACCUCCGAGCGCCGCGACGACGUGGCCGGCGCCGCUGUGGGCGCUGCAGGCGGCUUCAGCGGUCGCCACUCGCAUUCGACCAGCGACCUUCACAAGCUGGAGGCCCCCUCGUCUUGCUCGCCGCACGGACACGUCGUGGCCAGGUUUUCAUGGGGUUCUCGAGAACCGAUGGACGAGGACGCAGAUUCGAGCACCCUCAAGGUUCCGCGCUGGAGUCACCGAGCGAGCGAUCCGGAGGCUCUCUUGCCGCAGCUCGGUUUGCACAUGGACAACUGGGAUCGUUCGUCGCUUCGCAAGGACGACAUCCAGGAAGCGACGACGCCGACGACGACGGCUCAGCCGCCGUCGUCCACGACUCAGCCGUGAAAGAACGAACUCCAGCGAGGCCAGAGAAAGACAACAAGAGCACGACAAAACAGCCGGAACUCCUCCCUCUCGGAGAUAGUGUCGCUGUCCACACGGGAGCCGAAAACGUCCUCCGGCAUCGAGACCGCUGUCUCCAUUCUUCGCUGCCACCGCUGUGUGCCGUAUCGUGUUCGUUUGGCCAGUGACGUCUCUCGAUACCGUUGUUCGACGAUGCUGACACUGCGUUGACGGUGUUGGUGUUGACUUGAUGAUGUCGAGGAGCGCGCGUGGCGAAGUGUCCCCGCAUCUCCUUACUGUGACAAACUGUUAUAGUGUCCUUGACUUUUUCUUUUUUCAUUCGUGUUCGUUGCUUUAUAGGGUGCUUCAAUGUGGCUCUUCCUUUUUUUGCGCUGCCGCGUGAUCGGGAGCGGUAGAUUUGUCCGCCUAACUAAAAAAAAAAAGAUAGCAAAGCGGCAAAAGAGAGUGCUUGAGUGAUAAAUUAUGUGAGGUACACUACAUACAUAUAUAUAGAGAGUUCCCUGAUAGGUGAAUAUUGUUGACAGGUCAUGUUUAGCAUGCCGAGAAGAUGUUGAGAUGUACCCGUAAAGAGGCAAAGGGACAAAACACUUUACAUUAUUGCCACGAUUACGCGAUCCUUACGUCAACACGUUAAGCGGUCGCGAAGUGCAGCUGUGAAACCUUUUGCUAGACGAAUAAGUCCAUGGCAGGGAACUUGAGAUGGAAAACUUUGUUGAUCACAAAAGCGUUGUGACCAUACGGACGUCGUUGAAAACAAAAGUACUGAUAGACGCCAAAUGGUAACAAAGUUGAUGGAAUAGAGUAAGGAUGGUGCUUGGCGCCUUGAUUUCAUGAAUUAGAGCUGAGGGAAGAAGCAUCACUUCUGAGAAGAAAAAGCUUGAUCUGAGUGCUAGAACAAUGCGAACACGAAAAGAAGGAAACGACACACUGCGACCUGAUGAGUACUCAAAGUUGUAGUUGAAGCACAGCUUCGUUGUGAUUUUGCGCUGGGCGCUUUCAGUGUAUACAAUUGUCUUUCGCUCGACCGAUGGCAGCUUCCCCAAGAUCGGUUGUUCGGGCAGAGGUUAUCAGUUAAACGGUUUUCGAAGGAAUGGCAGUACAUCGAGAACAACUGUCGCCAGGUUACCAAUCCCGCUCGAAGUGGUCCGAGCCUCUUGUUUUCUUAUACGGUGACCUCUUACAUAGAUUCAGACGUUCAGUAUGACGUUUUCCGUUGUCUUUGUACGGGCCUUUUGUUGUGGUUCACACAAAAUCUUUCUUUACCUACUGUCACGAUUCACCAGACUUUUUCGGGUGGGAGGAACUUUACUGAGGCUACAAAACUGCAACAAAAUGUCCACGAUAACCUCGCAUACGGGUUAAAAUAGUUCGUGCCAUCCGUUCGGGCCGCUAAUGCGCACAUAAAAAAAAAAGAUUGCACCUUCUUCUGCGGUCACUGAUACCUAAACGCCAAACCUCGCAAAGUUCCUUUAAAAGCUUUCGAGUCUUCCUGCCAGGAGAGAAUGGCAGCGUUUAUGGAGGGUAAAGGAGAAGUGGACUCUUUGUCAGAAGUUCUGGAGCCAACUACGAUAUGAUCUCAGGAGUAAACUCGGCCAGCUGCACAUCGCUGAGCCAAGCUAACACGCCCUGCUCAGGGCGCGACCUUCACGGAGUGGGAUAGCCAUAAUAACGAAUCAGGAUCACAAGUCUGUAUCACUGAUCAGAAAGAAGUGCCAAGAAGUCCUCGCUCAUGUGCUGGUUUUGUGGAGCACUACUCGUGCGGUAUGAACUCUAAGCGUUCGUUCAAAGCUUAGUAAACCUACACCUGCCAAUUUUGCAGGCAGAGUGACAUGAAAGUCGUGUGGUGCAAAGUACUUAGGAAAUUGUGAGAAUGUUAAAUGUUUACGCCGCCACAGCUUGAAGUGCAGCUGCUCGUUCGCAAUAUUGAGUGACUGAACCCCAAUCGCAAUUCGCCUGCGAAGGGGAUUGCAAAGCGCUGCAUAUUUCCUCCCACUGUGGCGCAACAGUAAAUGAAUGUCCCAUUGUUAAGAACGUUCUUCGCUCACGACUUCGAAGCAUUGGAAAUGCGGUACUUGAAGAGUUACAGAGUUUGAGGAUAUACAGAGACUGCCAUAUAAGAUUUCAAUUGCGACAUGGGCGAAAAUGAAGCACGAUUAGGCACUUCGCACCACGUGUGAUAUUAGCGGAAACAGCGAGUUGGCCCAUGAACUUCUGCCAGAGAGCUCACGGUCCUAUACCGUUGCGUCUCAAAACUUCCAUCCUGCCAGCCGCUUCGACGUGGACCCUGCCGAUCUGACCAGCGCACGCGGUCAUUGCGGGGCAAAGCGCCUCGCCCGUCUAGAGCGAACCAGCUCAGACUCAAGUAACGUCUUCGGACCUCGUAGACGUCUCUUUAUCGCCAUAAUAUAGAAAGUAUAAUACAUAUGUUGGGCAGGUGUAGGCCGCUCUCGCGUAGCGCAAGAUGUCAGCUGUAGUGCGGAGUGUUUUGCAGUGGGCUCGGCAAAGAGGGGAGGGGGUCGCUUUGAAUGUUACAUGCGCAUGCGCGGGGCAGUUGUUCGUAUAGACAAGGCACGCUGUUAACGACUCACACAAAGCGUAGUUUCGUUUUACUCGAGGCCACGUCCAGCAAUCAGUGUUCAGGGAAACAAAAAGUCCGCCAACUUGGUCACCGGAGUAACGAAGUGGGUCUCUUGCAUGUGUAGGCGGUGGAGAGAAGCUCGUCUAGUAUUUGGCUAGCUGCUAGAAUUCACAGGUUCCUGAGUGAUGUACAGUCUUUGGGAUCUUCGUGUACAGUAUGGGGCAAAAGUAAGCACGCCGUAGCGGACUCGGAGCUACAGCGCGCCAACCUUGACACUAGGUGGCAAUCUCUGCAUUCUGUUGUAAAAUAGCGGCUCUCCGAAGCUCUACAUAGCAAGAACGUUAAGAACUUGCUCUCUCGGAUUUUUGAAGCUUCGGAAUUCCUCGAAGUCCCGGAAUAUGGCUUGGCGUCUGCCGCAGUGUAGCACGCAAUGUCUUGAGAAUGAUCGACAAAGGCUGUGCAUAGCAAGGCGCGCUGCGGUUUCUAUUGGAGAGCUAUGUCCGCGUGGGGAAAUUACAUUCGCAAGCAGGCACAGGUGCGGAAAGAAGUAACUGGAACACGGGAACAGCGGCCAAAGCGCAUAUUUGAUCACGUCCGCGCACCAGCCUGCCAUAAUAGCCAGUCCACACAUUUCAACCGGCUUUCUUAAACCGUGAAUUACAGCGUCAUUCCAAGCUUCUGCGGCUGUACACUGGUCAGUGGGAUUGCGCGAUAGCACAGUAGCUUCUGCAGUUAGCAGGUCAUUGUACACGCCCCCUUGACACGGGCGUGCGAAGCUUAAGGAGCCUAAAUAUAAAGACUUGCACUUAGGCUUGAGGAGCUUAGAGUGCUAACAGUGUCAUCCCGCUAGCGAUUUUUUCAGCCGAAGGUGCUGCAAAUGAAGCCUCGAUCCACGGGUAAAGAAACAUAUCCAGCAGUGUGAAUUAGGUGCGUUAUAGGUGCGAUGAAGUUCGAUUUACUUCGACCACAGCUUCCGUGUUCCAAUUAUUUUUGUCCGCACAUAACCUUUCAUUCCUGUAAUCUGCUUUUUUUUUUCUCUUGAAACAGCGCAAGGUCGUGUUUUGCGCCCGUCAAUGCCUACACGAAGGAAAUUCUUUAUUUCGUCAUUUAGAUCUCGCCGGGAGCAACUCGACACGAUUCUUAACGUCUCACACUUUCAUGCCGGGAAGUGCAGUCGAAUGGCGUUCGCUUAACUCGCCACCAUUCCCCAAAAAGAACUAUAGGUCCCAUCUAGUUGAGAACGUUGAGGCACCCUUCUUAGGCCGAUGACCUUGUGUCCAGAAGAGAUAACCAAAAUACAAGAAAGGAGACAGGUAUGAGAGGUCAUGUGAUAUUUUCUAGGUACUUUAGGAUUAUAGCAGUUGAAAAUUGCUUAACCGCAGAUGGGCGUAAUGUUUUUUUUUCGCAACACGCAUAUACACACGAACACAGACACGUACAAACACAGAUAGACACGCAUGCAACAGACGAGUACGCUGUGUAGUUCAUCACGCAGUUUCACGUUGAAGUCAUCGUUCAACUUGCGCCGUGACUCGGCAAACUCUCGGGUGAACCGGAGCAGGCGAGGCUUUGCGAAUACUGCGUGUGUUAAAAAAUAUGUCGCUGGUGUCUAUUUUUGUUUUAAUAUAAAUGGAGUGUGUUUCAGAGAAAUAUAGGAAGAUGUUUAUUCUUGCUUCGUUGGUUAGGGGGGGCAGGGAUACUAGCGAUGUGAUAUUGGAGAACCGUGACAGAGGAUGUCUCGCGUUGUUGUUUUCUUGCCUAUAGACACGCUGAUGGGCGUGCUGCGCGAAGCUUGUGCCGGUACCCUUAACUUAAAGUUUUCGUCUUCGGAUGACGUCAUGGACCGUGGUUUUAGCUUAAGAAUUAUUUUCCUGCAGCGUAAACUUCUGCUUGGUCGUAACGACGUUAUUCCUAACAAUAUACUGAAGGGCCAUUAAAGAGAAAAAAAAUGUGACCUGAGUUAGUAAACCACCCUACUACAAGAUAUAUACAUAUAGAACAGGUGGCGACACCAUCGCGAAACUUCCGUACCAGCUCGUCAUGACGUCAUCAACUUUGACGUCAUCUGCUCGAGCCUAGUUUAUUUGUUAUUGGUAGAGAUAAACUUGCAGUACUUUCCUAAAAGAGCCAGGAACUCAACUAAGCAAGUUUUAAGAACUUUCACUGAGCCAAUACGGUCCAGUUACAAAAAAUAUAUAUAUGUAUAUGCGUUGAUAUUCGCGACGUCAUACUGACGUAGUGGCGCUGGUGUUCUGGGAACGAAAUUAAGACAAAUAAAACAUUUACCAUUACUUUUUUCCUGAAUGAGAUAACAUAGUAGAGCGAAAUUAACAAAAAAGUUAGUUUUUAAAGAAUAUACUUUUUCGGGUAAACUCAUUUAGCGUUCAUUUAUGAAUAAGCCUAUAUGCGCACCACUGACGAAAGUUGGUUAUUUGUGUUGUUACUUUCUCUGUUUUUAUUUUUUUUUUCACGUGGAAACGAAGUUCCAAAGCAUAGCUUGGAUUCCCAGGCAACGUGGGCUCUUUCAUUCGGAGUGCAGUGAUGAACUGGAUGUACAGACUGGUAUACUUUUAAAGGCAUCUCCUAAUUAGUAUUCAAAUCAACAUAAAUUAAGAGUAUCGUCAUUUUCACGCACACAAAUGCUCGGCGCGGCAUGCUACGAAGACCGCUAAUGGCAAAAAAAAAAGUUAUUGCUGAUGCUUUCAUGUCAGAAAUGAGUUGUAAUAACUACCGAAAUGCUAGUUUGGUGUUGUCUUUAACAGCAGAACUGAACUGCACAGUUUACUUCGUGCUAAUACUGCUUCAUACUUAGCAGGCCAACACUACAGAGACUAGAGAGAGACUUGUAGCACUGCUCGCGGCAUCCGCGACCCCAAAAAAUAGUGCAUCGCAAGUACUGCAACUACUGCAAAGUACUGGGUAUACUGCGAAUUAUUCAAUGUGGCCUUUAGUCGCUCCAUUUUACUUCGCAAUAUGUGACGUGAUUGUUACACGGAAGGCGUCGUGGUCUCUUAUCGCGCAUUUACUACCGAUCCCGAGGAGGGAAACGUUCCUAGCGACCAGUGGCCGGACAGCACCAGUGGCGCUUGCGACCGAAACAUAUUGCAAGCAUAAUGUUAUGGAACUGAUACCUGAUUGGACGUAACCUUAUGUCACGAAGUUGUAGCUAAUGAAGACGUCUUGGCCGGUGAACCAAGCUGAAGUACGGGUUUCUUGGUCACACUGACAUCUAGCGUGACUAAGGAAACCGUAAUGCUAGUGUGACCAAGAACUCGGGAGCUCCUGCGGGCUCCGAAGCAUCGCUUGUGUUGUUCAUCUUGACUUGGUCAGUGACCGCAACUUCAUCAUCAUGGUUCCUGACCAGACAAAUGUACGUCGAAUCCUUGGUUACAAAAUGUAAUGUGUGUGUGUGUGUGAAGUAUUUUAACCGGAGAGGGUGUCGCAGGUCAAAAAACAACAGCACUGCGAAACUCGCGGAGUAGGGCUACUACGACCGCAUUACUGGCCUGGUUGCGUAGCGUUUCCUGCUAAUUAUGAAGCGGAGUGUAUACUACGAAACGUCUCAUUAGUCUAUUUGUCUAGGUAAUCGGAGGUUAUUUCACUGCCGAUGUAAAUCCUUUUUUUUUUGCCUCUGUGAGGCCAAGCAUUGUUAGCGAAAACAGAGACAAACUCGCUUGACUUAAGAAUCGAUAAAGUAGAGAGAUGUCGGUGUCGAUAGCUGCUGAAGUCUCGGCACAAGAGACCGCAUGCCGUAAUGCAUAUGGAGUUUGUUGAAUAAUUAUAGAUACGAAGGAACAGGAAAGAAGAUGUUUCGCGGAAGUGAUUCUUUUUUUUUUCUUGUGGCGCCCGUCUUCAAGUUCAGGUUUGGGGCUUCCCUUAUACACUUUUUGUUUUUCGCAUGUAGUGCUGACGAUUUGGGAGAGUCAACAAAAAAAAAGUGUUUAGAUCGACUGUUAACCACGCGGAAGUUGAAGACGAAGACAACGUUGAAGACGAAGACGAAGACAAAAGUCGAAGGCAGAAACAAAGAUUAAAAAGUAGCACUCACAUCGAGAGUGCAAGUGUUGUGCGCGCGCCCCGAAGCCUGCGUUUUUACGUCUUAUCUUUUUUGCCGUUCAUUCUUCUUCCACCAUAGGUGUGUGAACGCAGGACUUUCGCCAGACGGUGUACCAAACUUAUAGGAGUAUAUUAAAAUUUCUUUCUCCACCGUGGA